UUGUUCGCAACCUUUGAUCGUGCUACCUCUUCUGGAUUGAAGCCGGAUCUUGCAGUUCUCAAAAACGCUAGUCAAUCAAAUCCGAAAUCUUUUCAGUGAUACAAGCACAAAUAACACAAUAUUAGAGAUCUUCGUUUCACCAAUCUAUAAGCAUCACUUGAAGCAAUGUAAAGAUAUAAAAGGAGAUAAACUUUGUUGUGUCGAAACGGAACACUUCCCCAUCCAACACAUUUCAAGCCAACUUACACCCACAAUGCAUUUCUCAAUCCCUCUCUUGAUCAGCGCCGUUUUGACUUUGAGUCAAUAUGCAAACGCAGAAGGAUUGGUUGGCAUGAAAGUGCCUGCUUCCAUCACACCCGGGCAUGAAUUCAAUGUUACUUAUUCAUGGACAGAUGGAUUAUCGUACAAUCAAGAUUAUCUUGCAAUUUUUGGAUUUACAUCUAAUGUAGAAAGGAUCAAAGGAAAAUACUCUAUCGGAUCACAAGCACUUGCAACUGCUGAUUUAUCAAAAGCGAAUUAUGAUAAUAAAUUCAAUGUUACAAUUCGUGCACCAAAUCAUAAAUGGUUUAAGAUUUACGCAGAUGUUAAUAAUGGUACCCUUCCUCAACCAUGGUAUGUUUCUUCGGCAAAUAUGCAACAAACUGGCUCAAGUGGUGGUGUACGCCUUGAAGUGUUCCAUGCCAAAACCACAGUGAAGUAUGAUCAUCAUUAGUGUA